GAAGGUAGGAGCAUCCUCUCUCUCUCACCAAGAUGGCGGUGACCAUAGACAACAGCAACGCCGCCCAGGCGACAAAGAAGAAGCACCUCGGGAUUCCUGAGGCGGCUUUUCUGGAGGACGUUGAGUCUUUUAUGAAACAGCCCGGCAAUGAGACGGCAGACGCGGUGUUGAGGAGGCUGGACGAACAAUACCAGAAAUAUAAAUACAUGGAGCUCAAUCUGUCUCAGAAGAAACUCCGGCUGAAAAGCCAGAUCCCACAAAUCACACAGACGCUAGAAAUCCUACGACACAUGCAGAAGAAGAAGGAAACCACAGAACCCAUGGAGACGCACUUCCUGUUGGCCGACAAUGUUUACUGCCUUGCCUCGGUGCCGCCCACCGACAAAGUCUGUCUAUGGUUAGGGGCUAACGUCAUGUUGGAGUACGACAUCGACGAAGCUCAGGCGCUGCUAGAGAAGAACCUGUCCACGGCAUCGCGCAAUUUAGAGACUCUCAUGGAUGAUCUGGAUUUCCUGCGGGACCAGUUCACCACCAUCGAAGUCAACAUGGCACGAGUCUACAACUGGGACGUGAAGAGAAGGAGCAAAGAAAACGUCCCCAAAUCAACUGACUGAUGUCUUAAUGUCCAUGCUUGUGUCCCCCCCCUGCAAAUCAUGAGUUGGAAUUAAAAAAGAAAGAAAAAAAAUUCAGAAAAACAAGAAUUUAAUUACACGUUCAUCCAGAAUCUCCACGCAAAAAAGGGCAAAUUUAAAGAUAUUUGCAGAAGUUGUGGUACGUUUGAUUUAACUCAAAGGAUAAAUCAAGUGUACACCAUGAUUUUCUUUUCUUUUUUUAAAUUAUGUCCUCUAAAACCUCCACCACCACCACCAUUUCCUGCUGAUUUAUUACUUUUUAAAGUAUUUUUUCAAGUAAAAAAGAACAAAAAAAACAAAGGCAAUGAGGCAAAGUUUUGUAUUCUUUUUAAUGAUUUCAGCAUGUUCUCAGCAGUUCAUGAGCGAGUUUCUCUGUUGUUGUUGGUUGUUUUUCUUUUCUCAGUCCCUUGUCUUCUCAUUAUGUAAAAACACAGUUGCCGUCAUAAUCCAUAGAGUCUUUGUACGAGGACAAUAAACUUCUGCCUUGUAGCUCGGGUUUCCACUCA